AUGAUCAAUGUGGCUGAAUUGAAAAAGGACAAAUGUUUCAUAAAACUGAUCAAAAAAUUGCAAAAAGAUAUGGAUGAAUUGAAGAAACGUCACCAGAAGCAACGUGAUUCAAUUCAGAAACAGCAGCAAUCGAAUGUGGAGAAGUUGAUGUGUGAUAGUCAUAAGCAGUCAAAGAAACGCACCGUGACUGGCACAGCAUCGAAUCAUUCUCGACAUCAAACGCUCUCGAACAGGCAGUCAGAUCCAUCGAAUAUAUCACCCAAUAUGGCCAACAGUCAUAAAGUUGGUCGUUUAUGUGUGCUAAUUCAUUCUUACAAUUCACUGUUUGUCUAA